UUUAAGGCGCUCACCGCCUUCCUCCGCGGCCCUCUCCGCCUCUCCUCUCUCGAUCGAGAGCGAACUCCCAAAUCCCUCCAUAAGGAGUUGUCCGUCCUCUCUCUCUCUCUCUCUCUCUCUGUGCGCUGUGCUUCUGCGAAUUUCGUUUACUCUGCUGCGUUUUGAUUUAUUUUUUAAAUUCUGUCGUUGGAAGUGAUCAGUCCCAACAUGAGUACCGGAGAGUUGCUCGGAAUCGAGCCGCUGGAGCUCCAGUUUCCCUUCGAGCUAAAGAAGCAGAUCUCGUGUUCUCUCCAUUUAACCAACAAAACCAAUGAGUAUAUAGCAUUCAAGGUCAAGACUACCAGUCCGAAAAAGUACUGUGUGAGGCCUAACACUGGGAUUGUAUUGCCUCGAUCCACAUGCGAUAUUGUUGUUACCAUGCAGGCGCAACGAGAAGCUCCUUCGGACAUGCAAAGUAAGGAUAAGUUUCUUGUUCAGAGCGUAAUCACGAAUCAAGGUGCCACUUUGAAGGACAUUUCCGCAGAUAUGUUCUCUAAAGAUUCAGGCAACACUGUGGAUGAGGUUAAACUGCGUGUAGUCUAUGUUUCCCCACCUCAACCUCCCUCGCCUGUUCCAGAGGGAUCUGAGGAAGGUUCAUCUCCUAGGCCUUCUGUGUCAGACAAUGGACACAUUGCAUCCUCGGAAUUUGUUGCUGCAACAAGGGCAGCAGCAAUUGAGCCAAAAGAAAAAUCUUAUGAGGCAUCGGAUUUACUAUCAAGAUUGACCGACGAGAAGAACUUGGCUGUUCAACAGAACGCUAAGCUCCGACAGGAAUUGGAGCUCUUGAAGCGGGACCUGAGCAAAAAACAAGGUGGAUUCUCCUUCAUUGCUGUGCUGAUCAUAGCUUUUCUGGCCAUUUUUCUCGGCUAUCUCAUCAAGUCGUAGCUCUCCCAAGCUUUCCACUUAGCUGACUCAAAUAUUUAAUGUGUUAGUUGCUUGUAGAUUUUAGAGCAAAAGAGUCUACAGGGCAAAUCCAAAGCUUCUUAAUUAUCUAUUUCUUGAACUUCUUCACUUUAUUUUUUUUUCCUUUCUCUAUUGAUAUUUAGUACUUCGAUAAGAAUUGAGUUGUUUGUGUUAGUUAUUGUUAUUGUUAAGCUAAAGAUGAUUGCUAUCAAAUCACAAUUGCUAAUUUCUGAAGUGGCUGUGUGGUGAUAGAAUUAGCUUGCUGGAAUGUCUGUCUUUGAACAUUUUUAGUAGUUUUGCUGUUUAUAAGGAGUAAUUCUCAUGAUGGCUUUCA